CAUCCCAAUUCAAUCCACCACCAAAAUGACUACCGAGCAAACCUUCAUCGCUAUCAAGCCUGAUGGCGUUCAGCGCGGCCUCAUCGGUCCCAUCAUCACCCGCUUUGAGAACCGCGGCUUCAAGCUUGCGGCCAUCAAGCUCGUCUCUCCCUCCAAGGACCACCUCGAGAAGCACUACGAGGACCUGAAGGACAAGCCCUUCUUCCCCGGUCUAAUCUCCUACAUGAGCUCCGGCCCCAUCUGCGCCAUGGUCUGGGAGGGCCGUGACGCCGUCAAGACCGGCCGCACCAUCCUUGGUGCCACCAACCCCCUUGCCUCCGCCCCCGGCACCAUCCGUGGUGACUACGCCAUUGACGUUGGCCGCAACGUCUGCCACGGUUCCGACUCUGUUGAGAACGGCAAGAAGGAGAUCUCCCUCUGGUUCAAGGAGGGCGAGGUCCAGAGCUGGAAGAGCGCUCAGCACGACUGGGUCUACGAGAAGUAAAUGCCUUGACAACUACAUUGUGGCAGCAUAGAGCAGCUGAGUAGCCGCGAGGGGUCCGGCGAAGAGCAGGCUAGCACCGUGUGACUUCAAUGACAUAGGGUGUUGGCCAGCCUAGUAGUUGCGACUUCUUGGCGAAAGGCUGCUCUGGGCUUUCAUGGCAUGGGUGUGGGCUACGAGAUAUGACCGGAUGAACAAAAGGAUAAAGUAGAAAUCAAUGAGACACAUGAAUGAUCUCAACACCUCCGUAUUCAAAUGUGAU